UAGGAAAGCCAAACCCUAAUCAUCUCUCUUCUUUUCUUUUUUGGCUGAUUUCGCUGUGAGCAUAUUAAGGUAGAAUAUCUUACUUGUUCUUCAUUCAUUCUCCUACAUUGCCUUAUUCCUUAACCUUUUGACGUUUGAUUCUGGUUUUGUUGGCGCCAAGAGAUGGGGGAGUCGGCGAAGGUGUUGUAUAUAGUUGUGGUGGACGAAGAUGAGGAGGGAGAGGAGACGUCGUUUCGCUACACGCGUCCCGUUCUUCAGAACACUCUUCAACUCAUGGGCUGCAAAGCUCGUCAUGCCUUUAAGAUUAGCCAGAGGGCUUUUGAAUUGAUUACAAGUGAACCUUCUUAUAACUCUCUACAUCAAGAGGGAAGUGAGACAUUAUAUCCUGACAGUUUGAAAGGAAACUCUGAGAAGGAAGGCGCCCAACCUGCUAAUGGUGACUUUUGUAGAGCUGAGGCAGGCAAUUGUUUAGUUUCUGAGAAAGAUGAUAGAGAUAAGAGUAUACCGUUUGAGUUGUACAAAAGACGUACAUCAGUUGUUGUUAAAAGGAAAAUUUUCUUAGAUGUUGUUUGUGUUGCUCUGGAUGAAUAUAAGUAUGUGGGUCCAAAUGAGAGAGAUGACUUGAUUUUGGCAUGCAGAAUCCGGGAGAGGAAGGAAUCUAUGACUGUGCUGUUGUGUGGCACUAGCGGUUGUGGCAAAUCUACUUUGUCUUCUUUGCUGGCUAGCAGGUUGGGAGUUACUGCUGUGAUUUCAACUGACUCUAUUCGUCACAUGAUGAGGAGUUUUGUAAAUGAGAAGGAAAAUCCUUUACUCUGGGCUUCAACCUACCAUGCUGGGGAGUGUUUGGAUCCUGUGGCAGUUGCCAAAGCGAGGGCGAAAAAGAGGGCGAAAAAAUUGGCAGGUUCUACUCAAUCACUUUCCAAAGGUGAGCGAGCUGAUGGUUCUUCAGCUAGAAAGUCUGAUCCGCAACCAAUGGAGAGUGGUUCUACUAGUGCUGAAUUGAUUAGUCCCAAACAGAUAGCAAUUGAAGGAUUUAAGGCGCAAAGUGAGAUGGUCAUUGACAGUCUAGAUAGAUUGAUUACUGCAUGGGAAGAGAAGAAAGAGUCUGUAAUUAUCGAGGGCGUUCACUUAAGCCUUAGUUUUGUUAUGGGGCUUAUGAAGAAACACCCCUCAAUUAUACCAUUCAUGAUAUACAUUUCAAAUGAAGACAAACACUUGGAAAGAUUUGCAGUUCGUGCAAAGUACAUGACUUUAGACCCUGCAAAAAAUAAGUAUGUGAAGUAUAUAAAGAAUAUCAGGGCGAUACAAGAUUAUCUAUGCAAACGAGCUGACAAGCAUCUGGUUCCCAAAAUAAACAACACAAAUGUUGACAGAAGUGUGGCAGCCAUACAUGCAAUAGUUUUCGGUUGCUUCCGCAGGCGUGAAGCUGGGGAACCACUUUAUGAUCCUUUAACACAUACAGUUUCUGUUGUUUAUGAUGAAUACCGGAAGUGUGCUGCAAAUUCAAUGAGCUCCAAGGGAAUGUUUCAGUUGAUCCAGAGGAAUGGUUCUUCUAGGCAAUUGAUGGCUCUUCUUAACACUGAUGGAUCUGUGGCAAAAGCUUGGCCAGUUCGAUCAGUUGAUAGUAAAGGAAGGCCCACAUCUGGCCGUAGGUGUGAGGGUGGAUUAGGCGUUCCGUUGUAUGGACCUUUAAAAUUUGGCAAGGCUGAACCCGUUAAUCUUCAAUUUGGCAACUUUGGAAUCAGUGCUUGGCCCAGUGAAGGAGGCACUAGUCAUGCUGGAAAUGUAGAGGAGCCGAGAUGUGAUGCGACUGUUACUGGCAGUAGACACCAUUCUUCUUGCGGAAGUUCGCCAACGACGUCUGAUGGUCCUUCAAAGGAGUUAAAGGAGGAACAUUCAGUGCAUGGGAGUGAUGAAGAAGUUGACGAUCCACAUGAUGUAGACAGUGAUGAAGAUUUUACAGAUGAUGGUGACAAACAGUAUCAUGAAGAGGUAGGGUCUGUGGAUGAGGGAUCAACAAAGUCAGAUGAAGAGUAUGAUGAUUUGGCAAUGCAGGAUGUGGUGGAGAAUGGAGGGCGGUCGGAGGAUAGGGAGAAAAAUGAGAAGGGAUGUGUUAAAAUGAGGAAACGCUCCCUCAGCACUCCAGACUUGAAGAAGCAUGGAUCACUAAAUAGUGAUCCCAUACUUUCCGGUGCACACGAGCGGUAGCACUAUCAUUCAUUACAGAUGAUGCUUGGUUGGCAAUGCUGCCUGCUUUUUCUAAUCUUGUGUGUUUUAUAUACAUAUUUAAAAAAAAAUGCAACGAGCAAAGGUCUGGGCUCGUCUUUACUUGGUGGUGUCUGAGUGAGCGGAUUAGGAUGGAUUCAAUUCGACAAUGAGCUGUGUAAGUUUCAACCUCAUAAUGGGUUGGUCCAAGGCGUUUGCCGCCGAACUAGUCUUGGCUCUGGGUGUCCAAAAGUUUUCAAU